GAGCAGUGGGAAGCGGGCUGGCUUGUGGGCGCCGUGGCCAAUUCCUCGCCCCUUCUUCUCCCUCCAAAGCCCGGCCUCUCGGCCCAAGAGCGGCGCCCUUCAGGGGCGGGCCUGGGCCUGGCUCGCUCACUCGCUCCUCCUCGGGGGAAAGGGGCCGGCAGCCCAGCUCGGCCAGCCCGCAGAGAGCUUCAGUGGCGGCGGCGCUGAGGAGUCUUCGGAGGCGGCGGCGUCGAGGUGGCCGAUGGCGUCGGCGGGGCGGGCGGGGUCCCCCUCGCGGCCCAAGAUGCCCGCCUGGGCCGCCCUCCCGCUCGCCCUCCCGGCCUUCAGCAUCAGCGGCAUGGGCCUCGUAUAUGGCAUGGCACUCUACAACAAUCACAUCUGCCCAGUUCACAACUGGAUUUAUAACCAGUCCUGUGAACUGAAUAUCCCUUUCUGCUGCACUCUGGAUCAUGUUCCUCUUGUCAGUAAGUGUGGUACCUUCCCACCAGAGAGCUGCUUCUUCAGUCUGAUCUGCAGCCUGGGCUCCUUCAUGGUGGUGCUGGUUGGCCUGCUAAGAUAUGCCCAUGUCAUGGAGCAUUAUGGCCCUUCCCUUCUCAACACCUUGGGGCUAGCUACAGGCUGGAUCUGUGCAGUUGGCCUCAUUAUGGUUGGCAACUUCCAGGUGGACCAUGCAAAAGUGCUGCAUUACAUCGGGGCAGGGGUGGCAUUCCCAACCAGCAUGCUUUUUUUACUCCUUCAGUCGAUUCUGACUUAUCGCAUGGCAACAUCCAGAGGCCAUUACUGGACUGGCCACCUGCGCAGCAUCCUUGCAGCCCUAGCAUUCAUCACCCUCAUCUUCAGUGGUGUCUUUUUUAUCCAGCAGAGCUUUGUUCUUCAACAUUUGGCUGCUCUCUGCGAGUGGAUGUUUAUCAUAAAUGUGCUUGUCUUCUAUGGCACCUUUACUGCUGAAUUUGGCGCCAUUUCCACAGACACCUUCCUGGUUCUCCUGAAAGCCAGACGGACUUCUAAAAGCUACAAAGUGGACAGCAGCACUCCAAGCAUGUCACAUCUGCACAGUCACUUGGAGAACUUGGCCAUGAUGUAGAAUGGCUACUGGAGGACGAUUCCUUGUGUGCGCAAGAGCUCCCACAAGAAGCCAGGACAAACUGUGCAUAUUGGGAUGCAGAGCAAUCAAAAGGGGACAUAACAUUAUUUUGAAUCAUGCCUGAGCAUCAGAUCACUUCUUUUCUAUUUUGUGUAUGUGCUACACUAACAGUGACAUGGACAUUCCGUUAUAAGCACACCCUCAUACCAUGUCCCACCAGUGGCCUUUAGGGAGCAAGAUUUUCUUGCUCUUGCGUCAAAGCCUUGCUGUACUCCCAAUACCUUCCACACAAAGGAAUGGAAAGUGGCAAUACCAAAUAGUCUGGGUCAUUCGAUGAGGAUUAGACUUGAUAUUAGUGAUAUAAUACAGCUUAAUAGUAGGGGCAUGCUCUGAUUCCAGCAUCUCCAUCCAGAAACUUGGCUGGUGAAGAGAGACCUUGCUGGGUAGGAGUUGGGUAGUAGGACCAUCCCAUUGCAGCCAUAGGGCUAUAGCAUCCUCAUUGAAUGGGCUGACAUUCACCAGGGACUUUAGGACCCAUAUUACUGUCAGUUACUAAAAGGGGUGUGUGUGUUUUCCUUUCUUGUGGCCUUAUUUUUUUUACAACCAAAAGUGAGUUAACUUUUGCCAGUUUAGUCCAGCUUAGUUUUAUUAACUCCUUCAUCUUCUCCUAAAUGAAUGAGUACUGAGCAAUAAUGAAUAUAGGCUUAAUCAUACAUUGCUUCUUGAAAGUGGCCCACUUGAGUUAGCAUCAGGUAGCUUUUGGGCUAAAUCUUGCUCUUAUCCUCAGAAUGCUCUCAAUUUUAGCUGCAGCACUUUAGUUCGACUGGAAGAAUCCUCUGCAGUACAGGUUGACAGCUGUGGUGCUGACUCCUUCCUGUGUGGGAGGAAGCCUGGGAAACCCAUAUCUUCUGCAUAGCUGUUCUUAGAGGUGCCAUCCAAUCCCUGUUCAAGGUGCUACAAAUAGCUGGUACCUCCAAAGAGUUCAGCAGAGGUUAUUUUUAUAAGCUUUCUCUUCAUCUUCAGUCCCGCUAUCCCCAUCCGUUCAGAACACUUCAAAGCUACGAGUUCCAGAUACCAAUGAGCACACCUUUUUCCCAGGGAGUAGGACUACAGAUAUAAGAAGGCAAAAUUGUGGUAGCCAGAUCAACAAAGCUCAGCUUCGGGACUCUUGCCUUAUGAACAAAUCAGGUCAUGCUUCAUUCAGUAUUUUACUACAUAUUGAAGUGUCUUUGAUACAUUCAACAGUAUUUUGUUCAGGAAUUCAUUGGUUCUGAACUCUGUGCUUUUAAUCCCAAAGUGGAUAUUUUUGUGCCUUUUGUCGUUUUUCAAGCGGGAUUUCUCAGGUCUGCUUUUCAUGUUGUUAUUAUUAUUUUGGUGGGAUUUUUUGUUGCAAAGAUGUAGAAACAGAAGACACAGUGAAAUACCCAAAGAUAUAAGCCUUACUAUAA